GAUAAAGCCAUGGCAUCUCCCGUCGAUUAUUUGGCUGCCGUUUCUUGGCUGCCGCUUCUCCGACCGCUACACAGGGUGCCCGCCAGGCGUGGUUCAAGUGCCAGCGGGGCUGCCAGCGCUCUCGCCGGGUUCGUGCCGAGUUGAAGCAACCUCCCUGAGCCUCCUCGCGGCCUGCAAAUCAGUAUUGAUAAUACCAAUACAGUAGGCAUAUUCUUCAAGCCUGCUAGCGGAACUAGUAAGGCCCUCUGCGCAGAAGUUCGGCAAAGGCUCCAGGGCCCAUUCCGUCUCUCUCCCGAGCGAGCUUUGACGCGCGGCCCGCGACUGUUUCUUUCUCUCACCGAGGUGGUCAGCAGAGAUGGCGAACAAACGCAAGGGUGGCACGUCGGGUAACAAGUUCCGCAUGGCCCUGGGUCUCCCAGUGGCCGCGGUCAUGAACUGCGCCGACAACACGGGCGCCAAGAACCUGUACGUCAUCUCGGUGGUCGGCUGGGGCAGCAGGCUGAACAAGCUGCCCGCCGCCGCCUGCGGCGACAUGGUCAUGGCUUCCGUCAAGAAGGGCAAGCCCGAUCUGCGCAAGAAGGUGACCCCGGCCGUGGUCAUCCGCCAGCGCAAGCCCUUCCGCCGGAAGGAGGGUGUCUACAUCUACUUCGAGGACAACGCUGGCGUCAUCGUCAACCCCAAGGGUGAGAUGAAGGGCUCGGCCAUCACUGGCCCCGUGGCCAAGGAGUGCGCCGACCUGUGGCCCCGUAUCGCCAGCGCGGCCAACUCGAUCGUCUAAAGAUUCUGCACGUGUAACGGUCCGCCUGU